AUGUUUGAGCAGACCAUCAUGAAGCUGAGACAGCACAGAGCCUUGAGACGAUUGCGAUAUGGUUUGUCCCUGCAUGCGGACACGACCCUUGGGAAACAGAAGGACGGACCGGGCUCCCACCUUGUGACGCGACGAAUCCUUCAGGGCUGGGCGGAAGGACCAGAUGUGGAGCUGAAAAAGGAUGAAUCGACCCACGGAGAGGAUGAGGACCGCGAUACAGUCCAAGAGCAGAUCCAAGAUAUCCAAGCCGGAAACACCAACAUGGACGCCUUGCGAGGAAAAGGCCUUGGCGUCAGGAAGAUCAAGAAACAAGGCGUUUGUGGACGCUGCUGUGGAGCCUUGUAUUCGCGACUCUGUGCGCCGCUCUGUGCCCCAUUUUGCGGCAGAAUGAAGAGAUGGACAGGUGCUGAUGAACCUAUCAGUGAGAAAGAGGAUUUACGCCGUAUCCUGCCCCGACUCUUCAACCAUGCUGGAGUGUCACUGCAAGAUAUCGACUCCGUUUGCGAGGAGGUGGAGAAUCUCAUGGGCGACAAUGCAGGCAUCACCAUCGAUGAAUUUGUUGAGAGCUUGAUGUUCAUGAAAUCUCGCGCUCACCCCCUGGACAUUGUGGGCAUCAUGCGGGGAAUGCGGCUGGUCUACGAACGAAUGGUCAACAUGCACGGCAUGUUCGAGGCGGUGAACGCACAACUGGACGAAUGUCGAGAUUUUCUGUCACCUCUUCUGCAAUUGAACUUUUUGGUGGCCAUGGUGCGUGGAGCAAAGAAAGCUAUUGCUGUCGGAGUUGCGGUGGCAGUUGCAUGCGGUCUCCAGAAGCACUUGAAUUUUGUGCCUGGGCCUCGGCAUGCUGCUCCAGUGGCCGCAGCAGCCGCCAGUAUGAUGAUGGCUCCUGCGGCUUUUGCUGAUGAGAUCGGCGAUGCUGCAAAGAAACUUGGGGAUGCCUCCUACUCUUUCGCCAAGGAAGUGGACUGGAACAACGGCAUUUUCCUGCAGGCCCCUGGCAAGUUUCAGCCCUUGGAAGCUUUGAAAGCCAUUGACAAGAUGAUCGAAAUGGGAGCAGCCGCAGACCCCAAGCUUCUGAAGGAGGCAGCAGAAGCACAUCACAAGGCCAUCGGGAGCAUCAGCGGGCCAAAUGGUGUGACUUCGCGCGCUGACUGGGAUGCCGUGAAUGCAGCCCUUGGCCGUGUAGUGGCUUCGGUCCCCAAAGCAAAGGUCAUGGCCGUUUACGAUUCAGUGAAAGCCAUCACGGACCCCGGAGUGCCAGCUUACAUGAAGUCCUUGGUGAAUGGACCCGAUGCCGAGAAGGCCUACCAAGGAUUCCUGGAAUUCAAGGAUGUUGUUGAAAAGAACCAGGUGACCACCGCCAGUGCUCCUGCAGUUGUGCCUUCCGGGGACAAAAUUGGUGUAGCUGCAAAGGCGUUGUCCGAUGCAUCCUAUCCUUUCAUCAAGGACAUCGAUUGGCUGUCGGACAUUUACCUGAAGCCGCUGCCCGGCAAGACUGCCCCAGAGACGCUGAAAGCCAUUGACAAGAUGAUUGUGAUGGGCGCCAAGAUGGAUGGCAACCUCUUGAAGGCGGCAGCAGAGGCACACCACAAGGCCAUUGGCAGCAUUGAUGCCACCGGCGUGACGUCUGCGGCCGACUACGAAGCUGUGAAUGCAGCCAUUGGCCGCUUGGUGGCAUCCGUGCCGAAGACAACUGUGAUGGAUGUGUACAAUUCUAUGGCCGGCGUUGUUGAUUCCACUGUCACCAACAACAUGUUCUCGAAGGUGAAUCCAUUGGAUGCAGUGGCUGCGGCCAAGGGCUUCUACACCUUCAAAGAUGUUGUGGAGGCUUCCCAGCGCUGAAGGUGAAGACCAUCAGAAUGAAGUUUCAAUUGUUUAACAUGCUCUAACACUUUUUUGAUGUUGUACAGAUACAGAAUGUUACGGACAUUUGUAACAGUUUCUUGACCCAGGCAGGGGCUUCCCAAGCACAUGGGAAAAAAGGAAAAACACAUGCGCAACAAACAAUGAUGUCAGUUGCGAUGCCAAAGAAAGGAGU